AUGGUCAGGCGGGAGAGCAAUGCCGACAAGUGUUGCAUCACUUCGACCGGAGAUGACUAUCUACAAUGGCUGACAUCCCUGCAGGAGAUGCCGAGAAGGGGAAGAAGGUGUUCGUCCAGCGGUGCGCUCAGUGCCAUACCGUCGAGAAGGGAGGUUCCCAUAAGACUGGACCCAACCUCCACGGCCUCCUUGUACAUUCCGGGCACUAAAAUGGUUUUCGCCGGACUUAAGAAGAAGAACGAGAGGGCGGAUCUGAUCGCAUAUUUAGAGCAGUCCACCAAAUAA